AUGUUGUUCUCAAAUGAAAAAAUCGAGCGAGAUUUAAAUCUUUUGAUGAAUAAUUUGCAGCCACCACUUGGUAUGGAAAGAGAAGAAUCAAUAGAUCUAUUUCAGAAUUUAGCGAUAAGCACCGAAGAUCUUCUUAAAGAAGUCCAAAAGGAUGCACCUUUAGAAAAAGAAAAAGAAAAAGAAAAAGAAGUCAAGGAAGAAAAUAAUCCUUUCCUUGAACCUGAAACAUCCUCUUGCCCAGCUCGUGUAGGCUCGAAGAGUAGAAAGUCAAUCACCCCCCUAAGAAUACGAGAGAACAUAAAUCAUUUUUUUGGGGUUAAGCAGGAUGGAGAUGAGCUACAACCAGAACCACCGGUAAUCAUCCCAAAUUCUGUCAGCAACGAAUCCUUGAACUUUGACUAUAUUGAGGUACCUGAUUCUGAUUUCCCGAUUGGUCGAUACGCUAUCAUUGAACCGAACCAACGAGUAGCCUUUAUGCAGCAAAUAGAAAAGAUCAAAAGCCAAAAUGAGUACUUCUUUUACUAUAAAUGGGUUCUCUGGAUUCAGAACAAAGGUGAAAGUUCCGUCAAUGCCGCAGGCGAAGCACUCAGUGCUGAGAAGAUCAUUGAAACCAACUUAGACUUAAAAGUAGCUUCUAAGUUUUACAAGAAGAAGUUGAAAGAAGAAGACGGAACAUUGAUUUUCAUGAAAAUGGGUAUGCUCCCCAAUAAGAAGUCACCAAAAUUAAUAGGCAGCUCUACAAUCACUUUCCAAGUUCCAGACCAGUUUUCUUAUGAAAUGUUGAAAGAAACGGUACACAUAGUUCUCAAUGAUGAAUUAACAACACCAUACAAUCUAGAUUGUGAGUACUACGAUUAG